AAAAAAAAAAAAAAAAAGAGUUACGACGCUAGCCUGUAACGCAACUACAAGUGUCAAACGAAAGGGAGAGACGAUUGAGAUCUAGCGAGUGGAGCACCAGCAAUGGCAAAAUCGAGCGCAGACGACGAGGAGCUCAGGCGAGCAUGCGAGGCCGCAAUUGAGGACACCAAGCAGAAGAUCGUCAUGUCGAUCCGUGUCGUCAAGGGUCGAGGAGUUUGGGGCAAAUCGGGCAAGCUUGGCCGUCACAUGGCGAAACCUAGGGUUCUUGCUCUUUCCACAAAAUCAAAAGGUCAGCGGACUAAAGCCUUUCUUCGAGUUCUAAAAUAUUCCACUGGAGGAGUUCUUGAGCCCGCAAAGUUGUACAAGCUAAAACAUCUUUCAAAGGUGGAGGUUAUUGCAAAUGACCCCACGGGGUGUACUUUUACACUGGGAUUUGAUAACCUUAGAAGCCAGAGUGUUGCUCCACCUCAGUGGACCAUGCGCAAUAUCGAUGAUAGGAACCGCCUUCUAUUAUGCAUUUUAAACAUAUGCAAAGAUGUAUUAGGGCGUCUUCCCAAAGUUGUUGGUAUAGAUGUUGUGGAGAUGGCGCUAUGGGCUAAGGAAAAUAAACCAACAGUCACUACUACUCAGAGAAGUGUACAAGAUGGCCCCGUUGCUGCAACAGUGACUGAAAGUGACUUGAAAGUGACUGUAGAGAAAGAUCUUGUGUCCCAAGCUGAGGAAGAGGACAUGGAGGCUCUUCUGGGCACUUAUGUCAUGGGUAUUGGUGAAGCAGAAGCAUUCUCUGAAAGGUUGAAGAGAGAGCUUCUAGCUUUAGAAGCAGCAAAUGUGCAUGCCAUUUUAGAAAGUGAGCCUUUGAUUGAUGAGGUAUUAAAAGGGCUUGAGGCAUCUACAAGCUGUGUUGAUGACAUGGAUGAAUGGUUGGGCAUCUUCAAUGUGAAACUGAGACACAUGAGAGAAGACAUUGAGUCGAUAGAAACUCGCAAUAACAAGCUGGAGAUGCAAUCUGUAAAUAAUAAAGCACUUAUUGAGGAACUAGAUAAGCUUGUCGGGCGCUUGCGUGUUCCUUCGGAGUAUGCAGCAUGUUUGACAGGAGGUUCAUUUGAUGAGGCUCGCAUGAUUCAAAAUGUAGAAGCUUGUGAAUGGUUAGCUAAUGCUUUACGUGGUCUUGAAGUACCUCAUUUGGAUCCUACCUAUGCGAACAUUCGAGCCGUCAAAGAAAAGCGGGCUGAACUUGAAAAAUUGAAAACUACAUUUGUUAGAAGAGCUUCCGAGUUCUUGCGAAGUUACUUUGCUAGUUUGGUGGAUUUCAUGAUAAGCGACAAAAGUUAUUUUUCACAGCGGGGGCAGUUGAAAAGGCCUGAUCAUGCUGAUUUGCGGUAUAAGUGCAGGACGUAUGCUCGGCUUUUGCAACAUCUAAAGAGUCUUGAUAAGAAUUGCCUGGGUCCACUCCGGAAAGCAUAUUGCAGCUCUCUUAAUUUGCUUCUUCGUCGAGAGGCUCGUGAAUUUGCAAAUGAGCUCCGUGCUAGUACAAAAGCAUCAAGAAAUCCCACUGUGUGGCUUGAAGCUUCCACGGGGUCCUCUCAAAAUGUGAAUGCUGCAGACACUUCUACAGUUUCUGAAGCUUAUGCUAAAAUGCUGACAAUUUUUAUCCCACUCCUUGUAGAUGAGAGUUCCUUUUUUGCACACUUCAUGUGCUUUGAAGUUCCUACACUUGUUCCUCCAGGAGGUGUUGGUAAUGGUAGUAAGUCUCGGAACAAUGAUGAUGACACCAACGAUGACGAUUUGGGGAUUAUGGAUAUUGAUGAUGAUGAUGAUGAUGGAAAAUCUGGUAAAAAUUCAGCAGAGCUCACUGCGCUAAAUGAAUCUCUUCAGGAUUUGCUUGAUGGAAUCCAGGAUGACUUUUAUGCCGUAGUAGACUGGGCUUAUAAGAUAGAUCCUUUGCGCUGCAUAUCUAUGCAUGGGAUUACUGAGCGCUAUCUCUCUGGUCAGAAAGCUGAUGCAGCUGGUUUUGUGCGUUUGUUGCUUGGGGACCUGGAGUCGAGAAUUUCCAUGCAGUUUAGCCGUUUUGUUGACGAAGCUUGUCACCAAAUUGAAAGGAAUGAGCGCAAUGUGCGGCAGAUGGGUGUUUUAUCGUAUAUCCUAAGAUUUGCUACCCUUGCGACACGGAUGGAGCAGUACAUUCAGGGACAAUCCAGGGAUUUGGUUGAUCAAGCAUACACAAAAUUUGUUAGCAUAAUGUUUGUGACUUUGGAGAAAAUUUCACAAACAGAUCCAAAAUAUGCUGAUAUAAUUCUUUUAGAGAACUAUGCAGCAUUUCAGAAUAGUUUAUAUGACCUAGCCAAUGUUGUGCCUACCCUAGCCAAGUUCUAUCAUCAGGCAAGCGAAGCUUAUGAGCAAGCUUGCACUCGAUAUAUCAGCACAAUUAUUUAUAGUCAAUUUGAACGGCUUUUCCAGUUUGCCCGAAAAAUAGAGGAUUUAAUGUACACGAUCACACCAGAAGAGAUCCCUUUCCAGCUUGGAUUGUCAAAAAUGGAUCUGCGGAAGAUGUUGAAAGCCAGUUUAACUGGGGUUGAUAAGAAUAUCACUAUGAUGUAUAAGAAGUUGCAGAAGUACUUGACAUCGGAGGAACUUUUGCCUUCUUUAUGGGAUAAAUGCAAGAAGGAGUUUCUGGACAAGUAUGAAAGUUUUGCUCAACUGGUUGCCAAGAUUUACCCCACGGAGACCAUCCCAUCUGUAGAGGAAAUGAGAGUACUUUUAGCUUCCAUGUAAAGAGGGAAUUUGCCUAUUAUAUAUAAUGUUGAUAGCCUUUUUUUUUUUUUAAAGUACGGAUGUGUUUUUGAGUUAUGUUGUAAUUCAUUCUAAACAUUUUAUUUUCUAUAAUUUGAUUUAUUAGUCAAAUUUUUGGAACCAGUUAAUUGGAUAGUAACGAGUGUAUGAUGUAUCGCUGGUACAAUGUAUAUGAUGUUUAAUUUA